AUGACAGAAAACGAUACGUCUGGAAGUUAUUGCUGUCUAUGGAAGCGUAGAACCGCCUUCGUGACCGUCGCGCUAUGUGGUCUGGUUGGCUUUGUACUAAUAGCUUUCUUGGAUCUGCCGUGGGAAGUCAAGAGGACCAUGCACGUUGUCGACAUCGCUAAUAGGCUGAUUCCGACCAAGAACACCACCGACGUUGAUAAUAGGCUGGUUCCAAUUAAGAACACCACCGACGUGGCUGAUAGGCUGAUUCCGACUAAGGACGUUGAAAACUUACUUCCAACCACGAAUGCUAGUAGACUGAAUUCAACCAAGGACCUUGUCGAAGUCAAGGAAUUCGAAUUAAAGACAUAUCCUCCAUUAAUUGAAAGUGGCGGAGACGUCGUCGUAUCAUGGGAGAGAAACAACGCGACGACCUUGACAAAUCACGAUUACGUGACGCUGAGCUGCGGUCCAACGACGGGAGAAGGAGACUAUUUCUAUAAUAAGACGGUACGCGUGUCCGACCUUUCGGUCAGAUUCUCGUCGCUCUACAUGAUGCGCUGCAAUUACACGGCGAUCUACUAUAAUUACGAGGAGAUUUCGGGCAAACAUAGGGCCAUUGCAAAGGUGGAAACAGGAAUGAAGGAGCCGGCGGAGACACCCAAGCAUGGUCACUUGAGUUUCACGGACGAUGAGAAGGCGAUGGCAAUUAUGUUUAAUUCAGGGACCUCAAAAACACCGAUGGUUAAGUAUGGGAUGAAGCCGGACGAUCUCAAGUUUUAUGCAACGGGGACGUCCACGACCUACGGUGCCGAUGACAUGUGUCACGCUCCUGCGACCACUGUUGGACAGAUAUAUUUCCGUGAUCCGGGCUACAUGCACACAGUUAUCAUGACUGAUUUGAAGCCCAAUACGUACUACUUUUAUCAGUACGGCCACGAAGAGCACGGAUUGAGUAAGGUGCAUCGAUUCAAGUCACGACCUUUGAGUAGCUAUAAAUAUGCAAACUUCAUUGCAUAUGGAGACAUGGGAGCGUUCGCAGCGCCUUUUGGUGGUUCAGAGUCUACUGCUGCUAAAGCUUUAAAGGAUGUGGUUGAAGACGAAUACGAUUCGUUUUUGCUGCACUUUGGCGAUAUCAGUUAUGCUCGAUCACAAGGCCACGUCUGGGAUCAAUUCUUUCAUUUGAUCGAGCCGUACGCAACCAGAGUGCCGUACAUGGUGAGCAUUGGAAACCAUGAAUAUGGCUACACCAAAGGCGGGAAGCAUGACCUCAGCGGAGGUAUGCUGCCAUAUGGAGGCAGUUUUAACCCUUCGUGGGGAAAUUUCGGUGCCGAUUCUGGAGGAGAAUGUGGAGUGCCUAUGCACCACCGGUGGCACGUCCCUAAGACAGGAAAUUGGAUUUACUGGUACAGCUUCAAUUACGGGGGCAUUCAUGUAAUUCAAAUGUCGACCGAGCACAACUGGACCAGAGGAUCUGAGCAAUACAAGUGGCUUGAGAACGAUUUAGAGCAAGUGGAUCGUAAUGUUACACCAUGGGUGGUGCUAACAGCGCAUCGCAUGAUGUACUCGAGCCAGUUGAACAUUGAGCCCGAUAUGGAAGUUUCCUAUCAUUUUCAAGAAGAAGUUGAAGAUUUGAUUUACAAGCAUCGCGUCAACGUAAUGUUGGUCGGCCAUGAGCAUUCCUACGAACGUACCUGUCCCGUGUAUCGCAAGAAGUGUGUGGAAAACGGAAAGGGCACAGUCCAUCUUGUUGUGGGAUCCGCUGGAUAUCCUUUGGGGCCAGAUGGAUUUUCUUCAAAAUACGGGAACUACAGUCUUCGUCACGUGAAUGAGUACGGAUAUAUUCGCGUCACUUCGAGUCCAAACGACAUGCGCUUCCAGUUUGUGCUCGUCGAGAACGGUAAUAUUUACGAUGAGUUUACCAUCACGCCCUGGGAGGACUCGUAG